AUGUUAACUUUUAGAAAAGUUGUGGAGUUUAUGAAUAAUAAGGAAUAUUAUAUCAGUUUAGACUACAAAGGUUUGAUUACAGAUCUUUAAUACAGAAACAUUAGAAAACAAAGACUAAAUAGCAUAAAUCAAGUUAUCCUUUACGAUGAAAAAUUAUUUGAAGUAUAUAAAAAUUUGAUUAAAUUGUUACACCUAAAAAAUGAGUUUCUAUCAAUAAUUUCAAAUGAGUCAAUAGAUAUCUAGAUUUUGGAAAAAGAAGGAGCUAAUUUUCUAAUUAAAAGAAAUUAAUUUUUUUAAGAAAUCGGGUCUCUGUAUUAAUAAAACAAAGAAAGUCAAUUUCUUUAGUACUUAGUGUAAGAGUACCUAAUUAAUUUGAGCUUUAGUGAUUCCAAGAAAUGGUUUGAAAAAGAUAUUGCAGAGAAAUGCGAAAGAAAAGCAGAUUUUUUUGUUGAUAAACAAAUGCAAGAGCUUCUGUAUUCUAAGUAAUCUACAGCUGUGUUUGUUUCAGUUUAAAAAAAUAAAUUUGGAAAUAUUCAAAAAGUUUCAAAAAAUAUUGAAAAUAUAUUUGGCUACACAAUUUAAGAAUGUUAAAAUAAAAAUUGUAGAAUGUUAAUGUCAAAUAAUUUAGGAGACUCUCAUGAUAACCUAAUUUAUAGGUUUCUAAAUAGAGGAUCUGUGAAAGAAAAUUUUGUCUAUCGUAUUAGUCCACUUUUGGCGAGAACUAAGUAAAGAGUUUUGAUUCCUAUAACAAUGAAGCUUUAAGUAGGAUAUGUAGGGACAGAAGAUAUUGGUAUUAGUAGCUUGAUUACUUUAAGUAAUAAUUUAAAUGAAAAUUAUUUAAUACUUGACAUGAAAAGUAAAAGAAAUAGCUUGAGGAUAGAUAGUUACUCAUAAUGUGCUUUGAAAAAUCUUUUUAAAGUAUUAUUACCUCUUAAAGAUGAUGAAGAUUACUUCUAAAUAUAAGCUUCGAAAAUUUUCCCUCUUUUACCUUUCUUUAUUAAACAUUUAGAUAUAUCAGAUAAUAAGGCUGCAAUUUAUAAAACAUAAAUUGUUGAUAUGAUUGGAUUUUUCCCUUCAAACCCAAAUUAAUGUUUGAUAAAGGAUAAAUAGAGUGAAGAAAAAGAAGGUCAAUUUAAUGAAAAAUUGAGCGAAUACAAGGCUAAGUUAAUUCAGAAAAUUAAAAAUCUUGACUUUAGCUCUAAUAAAAACUAUUUAUUUUAAUGCCAAUUAAUUGUUUCUUUUCUGAGAGAAGAAUAGUUAGAGUACUGUUAAAUUUGUAUUCAUUCUUGCACUGAAUUAAAUUUAGCUGAUUUCAAAAGAAAUCAAAUAAAAAUGGAUUUAAAAGAGUAGUUUUUAAAUUAUGGAGCAAUUAAUUUAUCGAUAGAAGAAUUAGAUUAAUAUUUUAAUAUUAACAAUCUUAACUCUCAUAGGUAGUUUUUUUAAAUAAACUCUUAAUAAUCCUAGAGAUAAUUAAAUUUUGAUAUGUCUUUCAAGCCUUCUCAGAAUUUAGUCCUCUAAUAGGAAGAGAAAUAUAACAAAAUAGAGCUUUUAAAUUAAAAUUCAGAUUCAGUAGAAACAAAGAAAAGUUUCAAUGAAAUUUUAAAGUCUUCAAAUGAGAAUAAUGAAUAAGCUUAAAAAUUCAUAAAAGAUUCAGAAAUGAAAUCAGUUAAUAUUAAACUUAAAGGUAUCUUAAGUAAUCAUAAUAAAAUUAAAGAAAGUGGAAUAACAAAAAUCGUUGACAAUUUACAAUAAAAAAUAAAUGAAAAAAUUUAAGAAUAAAAUGAAAUUUUUUGCUAAAGUAGGAGCAAAAUAAUAGAUUUUAGCACAAUCAAUACUCCUAAAUUAAAAUAAAUUGAAGAUCAAUAAUAAAAUGGAAAUAAAGAAAUUUCUUAAGAUUAUCAUAAUGGCUUAAAUUAAAUAAUUCAAAAGUCUAACAGCAAUUCAAAAAUUUUAUCAUAAAGCAAUGUUAAAUUUAAUUAAUCAUAAUAGCGUGUUUAAGCAUCUACUGCGAAUGAUACAAUCUUUUUAAAAAGUACAGAAGCUAUAAUUUAAAGUUCAAGCUCUUUUAUUUCACCAAGAAGUUUGUAUAAUGAAUAAGUGCAGCUUCUGAAUAACCAAAGCACAGAAAGAUAAAAAGUUGUUAAUUGUAUUUUAAAAAAGUCUUGUGAAAUAGUGAGUGAGAGCUAAUAUUAAAAAUUUAAUUGUAAGGAAAGUGAUUAGCCAAGUUAUCAGAUCCAAUUCCAGAACACUCAUGAUAGUUCAAAUUUUAAUAAAUAAAAAAAUCUUUAAGAAAAAAGUAUUAAAAAGGCAUUUAUAAAAUAAAUUUAAAGUAAGAAAUAAUCUAAAACUUUCAUGAUAAUGAAAAUAUUCUCAAUUUUAUCUUUAAUUGGAAUAGCUUCGAUAAUUCUUCAAAAGUAUUUUGAACUUUCAGACAAAUUUGAUAAAUAAAUUAAGAGUUUUGAGUACAUACCGUGGCCUAUUCAAAUGAGAGUCCUAAUUAGUAGAAUUAACAAAGAUGGAUAAUUGAAUUUUUUAUUGAAUAAUCCUAUUUUUUAUAAUAGCACAGAUAACAAAUCAUAUUAAUCUUCAAUAUUCAAAUAAAGAAUGUAUAAUUUUAGUUAAGUAUAUAAAAAAAAUUUAGAAAAUAUCAUUGAAGAAAAGAGAGAAGAUUUAGUUUUAAACUAAUAUAUGAUAUAGCAAUACACAAAUCUUAAAUUUUAUUAUAAUGAAACCUACUACGUUUAUAUAGAUGUUCCUAUUAUUUACGGUAUGCUCAUGCAUAGUUAAGCUAUGUUUUAUUACCAGCUCUAAAAUGGAGCCUUUGAUAUGGCAGAGAAUUUUCUUUUUGAAAACUUUUAAAACUAAACUGUGACAUUAAACAUAUUGUAAAAUAUAUAAGAAUAAUCUGUAAGUGAAUCAUUCGAUGAUAUUUUAGAAUCAGUUAAGUAACUUUUAAUCAUAAGCUCAGUAGUGAGUGGAUUGUUUCUGAUUUGCUCUUAUUUUGCCUUUUAUUAAAAUUAAAAAUCUAAAGCAAAAGCUUUAAAUCUUAUUUCUACAAUAGAUCCAAUAAAAAUUUUGCAAAUGAACAAUUCUCUAUUUAAAUCAAGUUAAAUUCUUUUAUCAGAUAAAAUAAAAUCUACAUUUUUAAAAGGAUAUGGUGAUAAUUCCAAUUAAAUUAAAUAGUUUUAAGUAAAAAUUUUAGAAAAAAAGAAGAAGUUAAUAUCAAAUACUAAUAAUUUAAAAUUAUACGACAUAAAAGUGUAUUCAAUAAUCAUGGCAGUUUUCAUACUCAUAAUGAUUUAUCCUAUCACUAAUUUAAUCAUAACAGUUAAUCUAAUUAACUAGUCUAAUUCUAAUUAAGAACUACAAGCGACUUUACAAAAGAUAAAAGCAUAAUUUUCAAGUAAUAUAGGCUCUUUUAGCGUUUAUCUCGUUGCAUAGCUGUAUCCAAACCUAAAAACAACAAGUGUAUCUAGCUUUAAAGCUAGUAAUAAUGGCUAGAUACUGUUUCAAAAUAUUUUAACCAAUAAGUAAAUCUCUAUGAACUAAGUGAUACCUUUGAGAUGA